GAUUUGAUUACCCUUUUCACUACCGGCAGAAGAUGAAGACGGUUCUUAUGGUAGCAGAGAAGCCUUCUCUGGCUCAGUCCAUAGCCAAAAUCCUUUCAAGAGGAAAUAUGUCCUCUCGCAAAGGGCUGAAUGGGGCAUGUUCAGUGCAUGAAUACACUGGAUCAUUCAUAGGACAAAGUGCCCGUUUCAAGAUGACAUCUGUCUGCGGCCAUGUGAUGACACUGGAUUUUAUAGGAAAGUACAACAACUGGGAUAAAGUGGACCCAGCUGAACUUUUCAGUAAGGCCCCUACAGAAAAGAAAGAAGCAAAUCCUAAACUGAACAUGGUGAAAUUCUUACAGGUGGAAGGGAGAGGUUGUGACUGUAUUGUUCUGUGGUUGGACUGUGACAAGGAAGGUGAAAACAUCUGCUUUGAGGUCCUGGAUGCUACCGUUCCUGUGAUGAAUAAACCUCGUGGCAGUGAAAGGACUGUAUACAGAGCCAAGUUCAGUUCUAUUACGGACACAGACAUUUGCAAUGCCAUGAACAACUUAGGGGAGCCUAACCACAAUGAGGCUUUGUCAGUAGAUGCCCGCCAGGAGCUGGAUCUGAGAAUUGGCUGUGCAUUUACAAGGUUUCAGACAAAAUACUUCCAGGGUAAAUACGGCAAUUUAGACAGCUCACUAAUCUCCUUCGGACCCUGUCAAACACCAACUCUAGGGUUUUGUGUGGAGCGACAUGAUAAAAUCCAGUCUUUCAAGCCUGAAAAUUACUGGGUGUUGCAAGCCAAGGUUAGCCAUGAAAAAGACUGCUGUCUGACACUCGAGUGGGACAGAGUGAGGGUGUUUGACAGGGAAAUUGCUCAGAUGUUCCUAAACAUAACAAAGGUUGCGAAAGAAGCGAAGAUCGAGUCUGUGAGUAAGAAGGAGAAGGCUAAGCAGAGACCUCUGGCUCUGAAUACUGUAGAGAUGUUAAGAGUUGCCAGUUCUGCAUUGGGAAUGGGACCACAGCAUGCCAUGCAAAUAGCUGAACGGCUUUAUACACAAGGCUAUAUCAGUUAUCCUCGAACAGAAACUACCCACUAUCCUGAGAACUUUGAUCUGAAGGGCUCUUUGAGGCAGCAGGCUAAUAAUCCUUACUGGGCUGAAACAGUAAAAGCAUUACUGUCAGAAGGUAUUAACAAACCAAGGAAGGGUCAUGAUGCCGGUGACCACCCCCCAAUAACACCGAUGAGAACUGCCACGGAAGCAGAACUAGGUGGUGAUGGAUGGAGAUUAUAUGAAUACAUUACAAGGCAUUUCAUUGCCACUGUCAGUGCUGACUGCAAAUACCUCCAAACCACCAUUGCUUGCAGCAUUGGUCCUGAACGUUUUACCUGUAUAGGAAAGACUGUUAUUUCACCAGGUUUCACUGAGAUUAUGCCCUGGCAGAGCAUUCCGCCAGAAGAGAGUCUCCCCAUCUGUGAGAGAGGCACAGUCUUCCCUAUCAGUGAAGUUAAGCUGCUGGAGAAACAAACUAAUCCUCCUGACUAUCUGACUGAAGCAGAGCUCAUUACUCUGAUGGAAAAACAUGGCAUUGGAACGGAUGCCAGCAUUCCAGUGCAUAUCAACAACAUCUGCCAGCGCAACUAUGUGACGGUAGAGAGCGGCCGCAGACUGAAACCUACAAACCUGGGCAUUGUUCUCGUGCACGGCUACUAUAAAAUAGAUGCAGAGCUCGUUCUCCCCACAAUCCGCAGCGCUGUAGAGAAACAACUCAACCUUAUCGCCCAAGGUAAAGCAAAUUAUCACCAGGUCCUAGAGCACACCCUGGAUAUCUUCAAAAGGAAAUUUCACUACUUUGUUGAUUCAAUUGCCGGCAUGGAUGAAUUGAUGGAAGUGUCCUUCUCACCGCUUGCUGCCACAGGCAAGCCCCUUUCCCGCUGUGGAAAAUGCCAUCGUUUUAUGAAGUAUAUUCAGGCGAAGCCGAGCCGUCUGCACUGCUCUCACUGCGACGAGACCUACAGCCUUCCUCAGAAUGGGGUCAUCAAACUCUACAAAGAGUUGCGAUGCCCACUGGAUGACUUUGAACUGGUGCUGUGGUCCUCUGGGUCAAGAGGGAAGAGCUACCCGCUGUGUCCUUACUGUUACAACCAUCCCCCUUUCAGAGACAUGAAAAAAGGAAUGGGCUGUAAUGAGUGCACCCACCCCACGUGCCAGCACUCCCUGAACAUGCUUGGAAUCGGGCAGUGCGUGGAGUGUGAGAACGGGGUCCUGGUGCUUGACCCAACCUCGGGGCCCAAGUGGAAGAUGGCCUGCAACAAAUGCAACGUGGUCGUGCACUUCUUUGAAAACGCCCACAAGGUACGGGUGUCGGCCGAGACCUGCGAGUCGUGUGACGCCGCGCUGGUGGACGUGGAUUUCAAUAAAGCCAAGUCCCCCCUCCCCGGCAAUGAGACGCAGCACUCUGGCUGCGUGUUCUGCGACCCUGUCUUCCAAGACCUGGUUGAACUGAAGCAUGCGGCGAUGAAGCACCCCAUGCAUCGCGGAGGGCAGGGGAAACGGCAGGGCCGGGGAAGAGGAAAAGGCAGGAGGCCUGGAGGGAGGCCGAAUCCAAAGAAACCCAAAGACAAGAUGGCCGCUCUGGCUGCUUAUUUUGUAUAAUGACCCAUUGAGCAAUAAAACGCCAUACAAUGUC